ACCGUCUCCAGAAAGCUCCGAGGCUUGCGUUUGGACGCCCACCACCCAGGCUCAAAACCCCCCGCCGACCCGCUGCUGCUUUCCUCACUAGACCCCGAUCCCCUGCUUUGCACCGACGCUUAGACUGAGCUCCGCGCUACCCUUUGGCAUGUCUGAGAAAUGUAGCAGCCCGAGUGAUUUGGAGGGGAAACACCAGAAGGACGGCACUAUCACGCCGGUGUCGAGAGUCACGACAGUGACCUCCACCGAUCUUUUUGAGGAUGGGACGGUCGACCCCGUCUACCAGGCCAAGGCCCGAGUCCUCAACGCUGCGAUACAGGAGAUUGGGAUGGGCAAAUACCAGUGGGGGCUAUUUGCCGUUGCAGGAUUCGGGUGGUUCGCUGACAGCGUCUGGCCGCUUCUCGGAGGCCUCAUCCUGAGCCCCGUGGUCAACGAGUUUCAUUUCAACGGGCCUUUCCUCUCGCUCGCGCUCAACAUUGGUCUCUUCGUCGGCGCCGUCUUCUGGGGGCUCGGAUGUGACGUCUGGGGUCGCCGGUGGUCCUUCAAUAUUACCCUCUUCCUCGCAGGCGUCUUCGGACUCGCGGCAGGGGGCUCGCCCGACUUCAUCACCCUCGCGUCGCUCCUCGCCGUCCUUGGACUUGGCGUCGGAGGCAACCUCCCCGUAGACUCGGCCGUAUUCCUCGACUUCGUGCCCGGAAGCCACCAGUAUCUGCUCACGAUUCUCUCGAUAUGGUGGUCUGUAGGCCAACUCGUCGCCAGCUUCAUCGCAUGGCCGCUCAUCGCGAACUUCUCUUGCCCGCAGGGUUCCACGACGUGCACUCGCGGUGAGAACAUGGGCUGGCGCUACCUCCUCUUCACCCUGGGCGGAAUGACGAUCAUCUUGUGGGCGAUCCGCCUCUUCGUCUUCCCGCUCUACGAGAGCCCGCGCUUCCUCGUCGGUAUUGGCCGCGAUGCGGAGGCCGUUGAGGUCGUGCAUCGUAUCGCGGCUUACAACGGGCGCACGUCGAACCUCAGCCUGUUGGAUCUGCAGGCGGCGGCGGUGGCGGUUGGCGGGCAGAAGAGCGAAGGGGAGACGAAGCUGCUGAGCCGGAGCUCGGUUUUCACAAUGGACCAUAUCAAGGGCUUGUUUGCGACGCCGAAGCUCGCGUGGUCGACGAGUCUGCUCAUCUUUCUCUGGGGUAUAAUCGGUCUCGCUUCUACACUCUACAACAGCUUCUUGCCGUUCUUACUAGCGAGUCGCGGCGCACAGUUCGGCGAUAGCUCCUACUUCACGACCUACCGUAACCAAGUAAUCCUGGGCGUAAUCGGCGUCCCGGGUGCCUUCCUCGCCGGGUGGGCCGUCGAACAGCCGUACGUCGGGCGCAAAGGCACGCUGGCGCUCUCCGCGGGGCUCACUGGUGUCUUUUUGUUCGCGUCGACCACCGCGCGGAGCAGCAACGCGCUCCUCGGGUGGAACUGCGGGUACGCGUUUUGUAGCAACAUCAUGUACGGUGUGUUGUACGCGCUCUCGCCCGAGGUCUUCCCGGCGAAAGACCGCGGGACAGGUAACGGCCUCACCGCAACCGCCACGCGCGUCUUUGGCAUCAUUGCGCCGGUCAUCGCGCUCUACGCGAACCUCGAGACUGCCGUACCGGUGUACGUCUCGGGCGCGCUGAUAAUCGGCGCAGGGUUCCUCGCGCUGCUGCUCCCGUACGAGCCCAGGGGCAAGGCGUCCAUCUGAGCUCGCUGCUCACCUGGAUUGUGCGCCCGUGCUCAGUCCCCUUCUAGAGGGAGAGGCGCUCGCGGUUUUCAAGACUUAUAAUUCAUGAUAAACGAAUGGAAUAGAGGUAAGGUUUUGGCGUGGUUCUGUGCUGUAGCACUCUUUCUCUCUUGAGAACAGACUUGUGCGGUUUCGGACGUAGUGCUAGAAUCUGUAGCUCCUGCUGUCAUGUACUAGCAAUGUAAUGAUCGG